UAAGCCGUUAAUGAGUGGGUAUCCGCUUGCGCGCCCCUCCCCGCGGAGUGGUACGGUCUGAGUUCGGCCGUGACGUCACGGCGGUGGUCCUCCUUUUCUGCCUGUCCCCGGCCCCGCUCGCCCUCGUUCAUGCUGCGGCUGCUGGAGAGAAACAUGAAGCUGCUAUUCGCUGCCGCCCUGAUCGCUGGCUCCAUCAUCUUCCUGCUCUUCCCCGGGGGCUCCGAGGCCGACGAGAAGAAGAAGGGACCGAAGGUCACCGCCAAGGUACGGAGACCGGGAGCGGGGCAUUGUGGGUCAGAGGAGACCGGGAGCGGGGCAUUGUGGGUCAGAGGAGACCGGGAGCGGGGCAUUGUGGGUCAGAGGAGACCGGGAGCGGGGCAUUGUGGGUCAGAGAAAUGGUCUGGGGCCAGAUAAUGCAGAGAGGGGCAUUGUGGGGGAAUGGUCUGGGGCCACAUAAUGCAGAGAGGGGCAUUGUGGGGGAAUGGUCUGGGGGCAGAUAAUGCAGAGAGGGGCAUUAAUGCAGAGAGGGGCAUUGUGGGGGAAUGGUCUGGGGGCAGAUAAUGCAGAGAGGGGCAUUGCGGGGGAAUGGUCUGGGGGCAGAUAAUGCAGAGAGGGGCACUGCGGGGGAAUGGUCUGGGGCCAGAUAAUGCAGAGAGGGGCAUUGCGGGGGAAUGGUCUGGGGGCAGAUAAUGCAGAAAGGGAGCAGGGAACCUGCAGGGCAAACAGUAUGAGCCUUAGAGGGGUGCUGGUACUGCAUGAGGCAGGUCCCUGGAGUUGGGAGUUGGGCACAUGGGGCAGGGUCCCUGGAGUUGGGCGGUAGCAUUGUGGGUUGGUAUAAAGGAUGGUCAGGGCCUCCCUGCCAGUCAUGUAUCUGAGAUCAUCCUAACUGCUGUGGUGUCCAUACUGCAAAGCUGUAGCGCAGCCAUACCUGUGGUUUGAUCUUUAAUGCAAGAGUCAAGCAUUGAUAAAGAAAUUGGUGUUGAGUCAAAAUUAGUUUCAACACGAACCAUGGUUCUAGUUUAAUACAUGCAAUGUAUUCCAGACAUCAGGAUUGAAACCUCCUGACACUCUAUUUAGAGUGUAAUGUAAUGUGGUCACUGGUGCUUUAAUAGACUACUGUCCAAAGUAGGGUAAUGUCUUGUAGAGGGGAACAAGGUACAGUUGGUGCUUACCCUGAUGCAGGAUGAUGGGGGAGGAGGCUCUGGUGCCUGGGGCAGACUCUGCAGAGGAGAGAAGGGCUUUCCCCGUCUAAUUUCCUAAGUUUGUUCUUCGCUAUUCCCAUUUAGUGAAUAAACUUGCAAAUUAAUUAUGGCUUCUUAAGUGCACGUUAAGGUAUGAAUUCUUUAGACUUUUAAGGACCGUUCCCAGUUAAUUUUGCUUGGUAGUGAACUAUUGAAAUACGCUGUAACCAUUCCAAGAUCUCUACCAGCUGAGACCCAUCUGCUGCUCAUUCCCAUAGCUGGACAAGUCUUUGAACAUAAGAAGGUUCAGACAAUGCUUUACUUGAAUCAUGUUCAAACAUGUUCUUUGGUUUUCUACACUCUUAUCCGUAUGCAUUUACAGUGAAAGCUAACUUUCUGAGACUAAACCAUAGAACCAAACCCUCAAAAUAAUAAAGCCUGAACUAUCUUAACUUUAAAUUUGUGCUCCAUGCUAAAAGUGGCCCUUUUUUAAAGCAUUUUCUAGUUCUUGUAGUUAUAAGCAGAGCUUUUCUCUCCCUUUUUAAGGCUCUGCCUAGAAGAGGCCACACCAAUCCGACUCCUGUUCAGAUCUAAGAUUUCUUAUUACACAAACUCCAGUUCAUCAUGGAUUUAUGGGACCUUUGUUUCAACCCAGCUGCACGCUUUUUUUUUUUUGCAGUUUGAAAACUCCCUUCAGUUUGUAAAAACAUGGCUGUGCACAUCUGUUCCUCUUCACAUGGAUUCCUUGGGUUUGCUCAGGUCCUAUAGGAGAGAUUGGGAAUUGACUGGCAUAUGUACUCAAUUCAAAUAUUUUGAGAGCAGAGCAGGAAGCAUGACUUUCUUCCACACUUAGUGGGAAAGAGUGGCAGACUUAUUGCUGCAAACAUUUAAAAAUAGCUGUAGCUUGCAAAAUUCUGGGUAGAAGAUUACAAUUCUAAAGAUAAUCUUUUCAAUUUUCUUGUCAUGAUGUAGGAUUGCCCAUUUAAAAAAAAAAAAAAACUUAGUGUGUGUGUGUAUAUAUUGUUUUGGGUAUUUUUUUUUUUUAUCCUACAUCUUUUUUUUUACUUUUGUGUUCUCUCCUCCUAAGGUUUAUUUUGAUAUGAAAGUUGGCGAUGAGGCGGUAGGACGGAUCGUAAUUGGUCUAUUUGGAAAAACUGUUCCCAAAACUGUUGAAAACUUUGCCGCUCUGGCAACAGGAGAGGUGAGUUGCACUUUUAAUUCUGCAUUAUCAACAGAGCAUUAACUUGUUCUGCAGUCAUUGUUACCAGUUAAAGGUAACUAAAAGUACCAGUAACAGCAAUUCUGACAGUCUCUACAUUUGGUAUAGAGAUUUGGCACAGUCUGAUACCAUUUGGUGUUAUUCACUAAAUGUAAAUCGCGUAGGUGACCAAGAGGAUUGCAACUCCUAUGGGAAACAUGGCUGAACUGAAGAAUUCUUCACAUUAGGCUGUCUGGUUCAAAAACUUGCAAUUCCUCUGUCAACACAACACAUUUCAAUCUAGUGAAUAUCAAUGACGGUUAUCUACCAAAGUGAGAUUUGUUGGGAAUUCAAAAUGAACUUCUAACUGUAGACCAAAAUACCCAUACUGGAAGCAUAUCGGACUUGGAGAAGUUUUCCUAUUUAGAUAAUUUGGCCUUAAGUUUGAAAUCUAAUGAAUUCCCAACCAUCCACAUAUUGGUAAAUAACAAUGUAAAUGUGUAAGCAAUUCAAAACAAGCAGGUAAAAUGCAUGGUGAUUGGUGAUAAAUAUUAAACUAUGUAGUUAUGUGGUUUUUAAGCUUUCUACAUAUACAUUUUAUUUUUUAAAUACGUUUUAGCUUAUUUUCAUAAAUUAUCCUUACUCUUCGUUUUGUGAGUUUUAGAAAGUUAUCUUUAUGUUAAAACAAAAAGAGUGUUCGAUUUUGUAGAUUAGAAUAUUGGGGUCCAACAGCAAUGUUUAAGUUGCCAAAUUAGAGGCAGCACUUAGUCCAAUGCUUUGCAUAUAGGUUAGAAACCUGAUAUUAUUUUUAGGAAUUCAGCUAAAUUCCAGCAGAAUAUGUCCUGUAGUGCACACUGUGCUGAGCCGCCCUCCUUCCUGGUCUCUAGAAUAUGGCUUUGAUGUAUUGAGAAUUUAUAUAGGUGUGUCAUUGUAUUAACAAAGUUGCCUCUUGUCUUUCAGAAAGGAUAUGGUUAUAAAAACAGCAAAUUCCACCGCGUGAUCAAAGAUUUCAUGAUCCAAGGAGGUGACUUCACAAGGGGAGAUGGUACUGGAGGUGAGUCUUUUAUCGUGUGUGUUUAUAUAGUUGAGGGCUGUUUGGCUUUAUCAGAAUAAAUGCUUCAUUAGCAUAUGGAAGGUUUGUGGGGGGAUGUUCACUUCAUUUUUUAUAAUUCAGGGUUUGACUAAUCCUAGAGAUCAUGGCAACUAGGAAUUUUGUCCUGGGUGUUUAACAACCUGUUCGGCACUGGCCAACUUAGGUCCCCUGAGCAGUAGGUGUGGGCAGCGAGGGAGCUGUAAUCUUCCUGAUCUGCUCUCUCAUGCAUCUUGCAGUAAUGCUGGGAGCCGGGAUAUGACAUCACACUGUCUCUGGCAUUGCUAAACGGUGUGCUAGAGAUCUGAGCAAGAAGAGCUUGGAGAUAACAGGAUCGUAUCAGCUCCACUGAAGGAAGGGAGGCUGGGUGGACUUAUUAAAAUUUUUAAAAAUAACUAACAAUUCGUGAGUGUCUGUGUAGGUGACCGGACAAUCUUAAAGGGACACUCCAGGCACCCAGACCACUACCCUUAACCCUCCAAGUGUAAUUAUUGCAUUUUUUUUUUAUUUUAUUUUUAUAGUGCUAUAAUUACCUUGCAGGGUUAACUCAACCUCUAGUGGUUGUCUGCUAGACAGCCUCUAGAGGGCACUUCCUGGUCCAUAGCACAGAAAACCUGUGCUAUAGCAUCGCUGGACGUCCUCACGCUGUGUGAGGACCUCCAGCGUCGCUCAGUUCCCCAUAGGAAAGCAUUGAAAAGCAUUUUCAAUGCUUUCCUAUGGAGAGCUUGCAUGCCCAUUAGGUCUACGCGGGUGGGAUAAGUCUCGCCCACCGUCCGACGUGAGGAGGAGCGGCGGCGACCCAAAACCACUGCCGAGGGACAUCAGUGGGGGUCUCAGGUAAGUGACUGAAGGGGGUUUCACCUCUUCAGCAACCGGGGAUUGGGAGGUGGGAGGGAGAGGGGACCUGCAGUGCCAGGAAAACUGAUUGUUUUCCUGGCACUAGAGUGUCCCUUUAAAUUAAAUGGGAAAGAAGGAAAAAAAGUUUGCAUCACUUACAACAUACUAGGAAAUUCCUUCUCAGCCCCAGAAUGGCAAUCUGAUCUCUCCUUUGAUCAAGAAGACAUUACCACAAAUUUAAAAUGUAUUUCUCUGAAUACUAUGUUUUGCAAGUAUUCAGCCAGUUGCUGUUUAAACAUCCGUACAGACUUUAAUGUAAUGAACUCUGUAAAAAAAAAAAAAAAUCUUUCAUUUGCCAUGGCCUAAAUCUCUUCCAGUCCAAAUACGUGACCUUGUGCCCUAUUUCAUUGUAACACAGGGUUUCAAUCCAGUACUCCUUUUCAUCCUGUAAAAGUAACCAGCUUUCACGAGCCCCAAUCAGCAUAUCUUUAAAAAAGGAGAGAAAAGCUCUGCCAAGCAAGAAGUCCACAAUAACUGUUCACGUGUUUGGGGUUUUCUGAUGGCAUGACUUAUUAUGGAUCAUUGCUGUAAUAGUUUAUUUCCUUUCCAUAGUGUAACUGCUUGGCCCACUUAGAAAACAUUAAUAUUUUAUAUACUGUGCUCGGUCUGCUUACUUACAUGCCUGCUAUAAGGAAUUAUCUUUGAUAAACUACAUAUUAAUGUUUAAACUAAGUGCACUCAGAUCAGUUCUAACUUUUCUGAAAGACCUUACUCCUGUUCAGGGUAGCAACUGUAUUUUUGUGUUUUUACCUUAACUACUUUUACAUAUUGGCAUUUUUUUUCUUAUGUCUAAUUCUAAACCAUAAGCCACUGAUAUUUGUAUUAAAGAUUAAAAGUAAAUAUAUAUGCAUAUCUCUAUAUCAAGAUCUCCUUGAAACACCUCAAAGUAGAAUUAUUACAAGAGUUUGCUAACCAGUUGCAUCGUGACCAUAUGUGACAUGCUUUCUCUUUAACAGGCAAGAGCAUCUAUGGAGAUAGGUUCCCUGAUGAAAACUUUAAGCUGAAGCACUAUGGUCCUUUCUGGGUAAGCAUGGCCAACGCUGGCAAAGACACCAACGGUUCCCAGUUCUUCAUCACUACAGUCAAGACUCCAUGGCUGGAUGGAAAGCACGUGGUCUUUGGGAAAAUCCUGGAAGGAGAGGUUUGUCACAAUGCCUUACUGCAACUUAGUUGUGUAUAAUUAUGCUGAUUGGUUUUAUUUAUGGUGGUUUUUUUUGGGGGGGAGGGGGGAGGAUUUGAGCAUUUAUUUGUGUGGGGGCAAGGGGGCAUUUUUUGUAGCCCUGUUAUGCAUUGGCAUCAAUUAAAUGAGCGGUUUAGGCACAAUAACUACUACAUUCUGAUAUAGUGGCAAUGGUUCCAUUAGACUGUGUGCAUGUCCCCCAGUUCUUGGUCAAAACAUGUUAACGCAUCCACAGGGUCCUUGAGGUCCCAAUAACUAUUUGACAUUCCCUUUUGCCUGAUGGCACUAUAUUGGUAUGUAAUGGUUGUUUUACUUAGACUUCCUUUUUAACUCCUCUCUCCCAAACCAGUGUAUUAAUUUGGAAGAAUGGGGUUUAUUUUAUAACAAAAUCAAGAUAAAGAAUUGUACUUUCUUUCCCUAAUACACUCUCUGCUAUAUAUAGUGUAGUAGAGCUCCGGGUAUCUCUGCUAUAAUCACUCUUGACAUCAUAGCCGUUAGAGGGAGGAAGACUGGCAGAGUACCCAUACAUCAGUUGAGACUUGAAGAUUAAAAAAAAAAAAAAAAAAGCCCACUUUAUUGCGAUAGGGGCACCAUAUUUAUGCAGUGACGUGUGUAUUCACUCUCCAGGGGGUGAUUAACCAAACUAAGGCAUAAUCCCUCACUGGCACCUCUGUCUGGGAGUGAAAAUGGUCUCCCACCCGCUGAGUGUGACCAAAGGUGUAGAAAGACUGGGGGCCUCAGACCCCACGGAACUUGGUGGUCCCACAAACUAAGGUAUAGUGCACCCUCUCAGCUACUCUGUCCAAAAAGCCCCCUGAUCGUCCAUAUGAGGUUCAAUCACCACCUCGUUUAAGGUUUUGUCUGAUUUGGGGUAUAAUUUCAUGCGACCGCUCUCAAACAUCUGUCUCUCCUGGAAUAUGGUCACAACAGUGGCAAGGCUUUGGAUUGCUUGGGAGGUUGUUUGUUAGGUACGGAAUGGGGCAUUUAGGAUGAACAAAUAGGAUGAUUCUCUUGAUCUCUCCUCUCUAACAGUAUAUCUAAAAUUAUGUACUCCAGCAAAGAGAUUUAUUCAGAACUUACAAAGCUGGUUAAAUUAAAGCAGUGUUGUAUCCAUAUCCUUCUCGUUGCAUUUGGGGACAAGUGUUUGAAAUAUGCAUCUAAUCAGUAGGAAUGCUCUGAAAGGUCUGAUUUUACUCUUUUUUUUUUUUGUUUAUCAUGCAGGAUGUUGUAAGAAAGAUUGAAUCCACAAAGACAGACGGUCGAGACAAACCUCUAAAAGAUGUGGUUAUUGCAGACUGUGGGGUAAUUGAGGUGGAGAAGCCAUAUGCAAUUGCCAAAGAGUAAACGCUGUUCUUUUGCAGCCAACAAAGGCCCUGAUUGUCUGCAGCUUGUACAACUGGAUCAAUUAAAAACUCAAGGGCUUUUCUAAAGCCAUCUCCUCCCACUGCCUACUGCAUCAGGCCUGGACUGAUCUAACUCUGCAGUUAUUCUACCUAGAACAGUGACCAAAAUAAGGGCAUUUCCAAUCCCAUCGAUCAAGAGCAAAAAAUGGAUUUACACAUUCCAUCCCUUUUCAAUGUUUAAUGUGUUCAAUUUGGACAAGCAACUAUGCUAUGUAAGAUUGGGUUAAUAAACCGUUUCUAUAAAAUUACUUUUUUUUUUUUUUUUUUUUUUUUGUAUUCUAUAAUAAUUGGGUUCUAAGUAAUUAUCUUAACUUUUUUUUUUUUUUUCCUUUCCUUUGGACAAGGACCCAGACCAAGUUUAAUGGUGUUAGGUUGUCAAUCCAUUUUUAUUUUUUUUAAAUUGUUUUAACAACCAAUACUUUAAUUUUUUUUUUUUUUUUCUGUAAUCAUUUGGUGCAAAAUUAUGUGGUAGAAAUUUGAGACUGGUCCCACUACCAGAGAUCUUGAUUGCACUUAGGAUGGCACUGUUUCGUCCAUUAACAUUCAUUAUUUUUUUUUUUGUCAAUUUCAACUGACUUUAUUUAAAUUUGUUCUCUUCUUUUAAAGGGUUUAUUUUGUUUUUUUGUUUUUUUCUUUAGUUUUAUAAUAUAUAAUUCUUCGGUUUCAAGUCAGAAUUUUUUUUUUUUUUCAUGCGAGCAAGGCAAAGACAUACGACACUAAUGACGUUACAGAAUAAUAUAACAUAGAUAAUGCAAGGCGUCAUUUAUUUAUUUACAGUUUGUAUCUUUUGUGGAUUAAAUGAGCUGAGAAGUUACGAGGGAUGUGGGUUGAACUUGGGAGAGAGUGGACCACUCGUGUGUUUUCACAGCACCACAGUCUGUGAACUUGUGGCCUUGGAGAUCUAGAGGCCUGGAUGUGGUGACACGGUCGUAGGUGUUCCUUGACCUUUGGGAUUAGUGGCGAGUAUGUUUUGUCAUGAGAAUUUUGUAAGUACGGUCUGUAUAGUCCUAUUUUAGUUGUGCCGUUGGAAGGUAGUGUGCAGUUGCCAGUCCUCUGGUUAGUAGAGGGUACUUCGGUUGGCAUGGCAAAUAUCAUUUUGGUUUGUGGAGUGGUGUGUGCUAGAGAAUGAUGCCUACAUUAAACUGGACUAGGAAAUGUGUGGUGUAGUCUGUUUGUAUAUUAGUGGUGGUCUAGUCAAGGUAGGGGUGUUAGUGGGUCGCAAGGCCUAGAUGAGCCAUCUUGGCGAUGGUGUCGCUAUUUGGUUGGAGCAUUGAAGCUUGUGUGCUGCAAUGCAAUAUUUAGCAAUUACAUCAUUAAAAUUGGCAAAAAACAAAGCCUAAUAUACAAGUAACUUAAACGGAGUUGGUGAAUGGAGUGUCACAGCAGAUCGUAGCUGAGCGUUGGCUCUGGUCAUGGCUCCUCCCAUUACCCCAGGUCUGGUGGGAGCUGUGGUUGCGGAUUAGUUGUUGGGAGUCCCAAUGCUGCCAGCAAAGCUGGGGCUUCUCUUGGAUAAGUGGCUUUAUAGUGUUGGCCUUCUUUUGUCACCCAUAUUGCCCCAGGUGUUGCCCAUUUGUAAGCUUGUAGUGUCUAGUAAUUGAUUGCAUGUUCUUGCGCCUCAGUAGUGUAGCCCUGCUUAAGUCCUGAAAAAAUUUGAGUUGGCACGAUUAACAUUCAAAGGGUGUUUUUUUUUUUUUUUCCUUUAAAGCAGCCAGCAGUCCCAGCUGGUCUGUCUUCGUUUGGCACCGAAAGAUAAGGUCCCAUGGGGCUUGUGGGAAUUUAGAGAUCCUGUAGAAUGAAAAGGCUUUGGCUUGUCUCGUUGGCAGUACUGCCGCCACUAGGCGUCUGAUAAUGUGGGAUAGUUCUUCUAGUGGUAUGGACUCCCAGACCUCUCAUCUUGAUGUUCUUGUGUCUGCCCCUGUCAUCAAGUAUUUUGGCUUGCCUGAGUGGCUAGCAGUAGUCUUACACUGUUCCCAAGGUGUUUAGGUCCUGCCUUAGGUCUUUGACAUCCUUCUUAGGUGCAUGUGGUCACCGCUUGCACUUUGGUGGCUAGUACUGCUAGGUCUGCUUCCCACGUUUGCCUGAGUCUGUGCUGUAGGCCUGUUAGCAUCGCCUGUAUGUCGCUUUUUGAAGCUGCUGUACAGUCCUGUGGGAGCUCUUGAGGUUUGGGGCUCUGUAAGGGGCUGUCUUGUGGGGAGACCUCUUGGGGACUCGGGGCCUGCGGCACAUUAGGAGUUUGGAGCAUUUGCCCUAUAUCCCGCUGUCUUCGGGGUGAGUGGAGGCGUUUUUGUUUUUGUUUUUUACGAUCUGCGUCCCUUCUCGCCUUCAGUGUAUGUGCCUAGUGGUGUCUCCUCUGGACUAAAGGUACUCCACGGCCAGAGCCCUCCAGUGUCCAGAGGUCCUAUCUGCCAGCAGGCAAAGUUUGUGUAUGGGGAGAGGGGUAGCCAAAUCUCAAGCCUGAAGAUCAAUUAUGCCAAAUCCUCUAUAAUCCAUAUUGCCACCCCUCUGGAGAGGGCAGACCAGAUCCAACAAAGCUUCCCCUUUCAAAGGCAAGAUAUCUCAAACUAUACUACUUGGCAUGCUUUAUGCAAUGGACUUUAGAAUGGGCUAAAGAGGGGGUAAAUACAGAGGUUUAACUAGAAACCACGGGGUCCUGGGGCCCCUGUACAUCUACCUCCUACCCCACAUGGCCCGUUCUCCCUUCCCUAAACAUGCAGACAAACAGAUACCCAUAAGUAGACACAUAUGUACAUACACACACUCUUAGACACUGAGACAUGCAUGUACUUACAGGUGCGCGCACAAAUAUUAAAUGUCCACCCAGCCUCCCUUCCUGGAGAGCUGGCAGGGAGCUGUCCUUGGGGUCCAGUGGGGCUUCAGUGUGGCGGGUGGCAGAGUUCCUGUCAGAUGCGGCGAGGGAACUGUUCUCUCUGCUCCCUUGUGGGCGGUCUCUUGAUGCCAGGAGCCGGAAUAUGACGUCAUCUUCUGGCAUCAGCAAACAGCGAGGGAGCAGAGCAGAGAACACCACUUCCUCGCCGCAUCUGACAGGAACUCUGCUGCCUGCUGGGGGGUCCCAUUAGGUGGCCAGCAGUGGGAACACGGAGGUGGCGGCAUCUAGGCAGCCCAGUCGUGGCUGCUGCCGGGCCCCCUACAGUGAGCGGCCUGGUCGCAGCUGUGAUCAUGGUAGGUAUGCCACUGGGUACAUAAACCCUGGAAGGCCAUCGAAGCUCAUCAGGCAGGCCACUCUCUGCCCUCCUAUGGCUUGAUCCCGCUGUAAGCAGGCAACUGGUUUCCCAACAACUGUUUAUUACAGCCACUAUGUCUACAUGGCACUCACAAGCGAGUAAAUUAAUCCUUCCUGUCCCCAUUAUUGCCCUUGAUGUACAACCCAGACUUUGACCUGAGGAUAAGACCUGAAAACCGUUGCUGCAUACUUCCACAAAUACCCCGAAUCCGAGACAUUACUAAUAAUAGGAAAAUCCUGCCCCUGCAAACAUUCACAGGCACACCUACCCCCACCUUCAUGACUGAUGUCAGAUACACUCAAAUCAAGAACUGUCACCGCAGUACCACAACGCCCUGAUAUCUAGAGACCUCACACCAUUUGAACAAUUGUCAGGAAUCGGACCCCAUGCCCCAUACUCUCCAGUUUAUAUUUAAUGAUACAACUGCAGCAUGACCUCCUUCUCUUCCAUCCUCUUCUUUGAGGGGGUGUGGCCUAGGGAGUGACCACACUGAGGCACAUUCGUCUGCCUAACCUGUAAAACACACACCCAACCGAGAGCUGAGCAGCUGGGGUCACACCAUUUUACCUUACAUGAUGCAGUUGCUUACCAUACCUGAUAUUGAAACACGGUUACACGCACUUGAAAUAUAUGUACUGAGACCUGUGUGUCCCUUCUUGAUAUUUUAAGGGACCUGUGAGUCUUAAGCUUUGUCCCCUAACUGAAAAUAAAAGCCAACCUAUCAGAGCACUCUUAUUGGUUGGCUUAGAAUCCAACCAAUCAGCGCUGAGUAAUUUUACACAGCAUGGGAAAAUUCUAAAGAACACUGUCCCGUCCCCCUGUUAAUUGUUAUAGGUACCCCUCUGCUCACUGUUUAGUAGACCUGCUCCUACUCGCAGCCUAGCGCAUAGGGGCAGAUUAAUUACGAAUACUAAGUAAUUUUUACUUCGUAUUAGUAAAGUUGUCUGAAAUACCAGUUUUGGUCUUUCAGCCUUUUGAGAUAUAAGCACCCUAAUACUGUGGGAAUUAGGGAGCUAUUUACUAAGGAAGAAACAGCCGCCGCACGAAUAGGAUCGCAAUAAUUCUAAUAGAAACUACAGAAUGCCAUUCUAACACAAAUGAACAAACUUCAUUCUAUUAGGACGGAAUUCUGUAGUUUCGCCAGCAUACUAUUUAUAUGACAGGACGCUGGGGAAUAGUGAAAGGCGGCAUUGCGAGAUCAGGUGAGUAUUGUGAGAAAAUUCCUUUGACCGCUAGAAGUGAGUCAAAGCUGGUCAAGCGUAGGAAACCUCCAUAAGAUAAAGUAGUCUCUACUUUAUCUUAUGUUUUAAAGAAAACUAAAGCAGACAGUAAGAAAAGAACUGAUCCUGAGAGGAAGCGAUUGGGGACAGGUAGGUUCGGCAUGACAGUGCUGCUUUAAGUAUCAAGUGGAGCACAGCGAUUGCACCCCAUUCUCCAUAGUGCUCCAAUGCUUCUCUUGGAUUAGCUGGAGGUCAUCCAUUAGGACCAUCUCUGUGUAGGGGAAUAGCUGCUGUUGUGGAGAGAUUAGGAAGACCUUGAAUAAAAGGAGCCUAUGUAUGUGUAUGAUACCCAUAAUGUUAACAAGCAGAUGGUAUAUCUGACAUUUAUAGAAUUUUUAUUUUUUGUAUAUUAAAAGGUGUACAGGACCAAAGCCGUCUGGGUAUAUUUUUGGUUGUGUGUGUUUACACCCAAGUUUUGCAACUAAUGAAAAUUUACAUUCACGUAGUCCUAAUUGUUAAAAUGGCUCGUGUCUAAGAUUGUAUUUUUUCCGUACGUUAUACAAAGCUUAGCAAGGAAUACAUUAAGGUUAAAAAGUUAAAUCUAUGCAAGCUGGAUGGUUGGUGUAUGUACUGGGACAAAAUAAGAGCACCCACCUGUACUUUACUCCCAUUACAGCAUACUUGUUGCAAAAGUAACUCUGGCUAUUUAGUGUAGAGGCUUUACCUAUGUUUAUAUGACCACCAAUUUCGGCCAACUUUAGUGGCUUUUGUAAUUUAAAAAUUGAAGGGAGUACUUUAGAUGCUUAAAACUAAUCAGUGAAAAUGGCUAACUAAAACCAAAAAAAGGUAACUAGAGGGGGGAGAAAGAAUAUGGGCACGAAAUAGCUAAGACCAAGAUGCACAGGCAUGGAAGCAAGCCGCUUCCUACCCCGGUGCACCUAUCACUGGCGCCAGGCCCCACACAAGGCAAAAUGUUUAGUUAAAUGUUGGAUUGUUUAUUUUACUAUGUUAAAUUUAUGUGAAUCACCUUGUACACUAUGGUUACACUAACUCAGCAAACAACCAAAGUUGGUACAGGCUGCCCGCCUGGGAGCUCUAACCCAAAACCCACCCCCAAUAGGGAGGCGCCCCCGAACGUCAGAGGACUAGCGACACUAUCACGCACACUUAUGAUGUAUAAUCCCCUAUGAAAAUAUAUACACACACAACACAACGGGGCUCAACCACCCAUCAAAACGGAGCCUACUCCGUAAAGACCUGAUCAAACACAAACCAGACGUAAUUUGCCUCCAGGAAACCCACUUUAAGACCAAUGUCCACUCGCCCCUGCUGCCACGGGAUUACCCGCACCAAUAAUCACGCCACCAACACAAGCAAAUCCAAAGGCGCUUCCAUACUCAUUAGCAAAGACAUAGCGUGCAACCUCUCACACCUGGAAAUAGACAAGGAGGGGAGAUAUGUCAUAGUAAGGGGGACCUUUAAUGACGUAGAAUAUACUUUUACAAAUGUAUAUGCCCCCAACACGGAACAAAGGAACUUCCUACACCAUGUACUUAAAAUAGAGCCCGUAAAAAGAGGAAUAGAAGUUAUAUGUGGGGAUUUUAACCACGUACUAGACCCCACGAUAGACACCUCAACAGUGCACACCGCAGCUAGGAUGAGGCCACUCGAGACAGUCCAAAGCGAUAAACAAACUACUACAUGAACACCAUUACUACGAUGUAUGGAGAGCAACACAUGUGGGGGAGAGAGGAUAUACUUUCUUCUACACAGCGCAUAGCUCCUACUCUAGGAUAGAUGGAAUACUAAUAACUGGCCAUCAUGUGGAAAAGAUUAGAGCUUGCACCAUAGAACAGAUUACCUGGUCAGACCACGCCCCAGUAGUGACAACUCUAGCUGACCUAUAUGAAUCUGCACAUAAGAGUCCGUGGAGACUAAAUGACUCCUUGCUCACAGACCCAACAUUCACAAAAUCAGUAGAAACAGAACUUGAGUGCUACUUUACUGAGAUGGCUACAGACCGCAUGUCACACAACACCAUAUGGCAGGCGCACAAAACAGUAGUGAGGGGUAUGCUGAUACAGAGAGCAGCUCAUCUAAAAAAGCAAGCACAAAUAAGGGCAUGGCAACAUGAACUCCAGGGCUUAACGGCCCAAACCAACGGGCCCCAACACAGGAACUGAAAAACCGCAUACUACAAAUCACCCAAGAUAUACAUAAACAGGCCCUAGAAAAAACAGGACUCCAGCUACAUAGACUCAAAGCGACUCAAUACUCCCAAGGCAACAAACCAACCAAAAGAUCGCAUACCUCCACACGGGGCACAAAGUCACAGCACCCAAAGAUAUAAGUAACAUUUUUGCAAAAUAUUACACGUCGUUAUACAACCUAACGACACACAAACACACCAACCAUGCUCCCAAGAAAUACAAGACUAUUUAAAUACAAUACCCCUCACACAGCUACAACAGCAGGAACUCACCGCCCCCAUAACACACAAAGAAGUAAAGGAAGCUAUCCUAAACCUACCAAUAGGUAAAUCCCGGGCCCUGACGGCUUUGCAAACAGCUACUACAAAAAGUUUCAUGAAAUACUAACACCACACCUGGCAAGGGCGUUCAAUGAAGCCACAUGCAUGCAACAACUACCCACUGAGAAUCUAACAGCCCACAUCAUCACUGAACUGACCACUUAACAUACUUAGGUAUCAAAAUCCCACCCAACUCAAACAACCUAUUGGAAAAAAACUACACUGCACUCACAAAAGCCAUGGCCGCCACACUAAGAUCAUGGGAAGGGAAAUAUUUGUCAUGGGUGGGGAGGAUAGCAGCAGUGAAAAUGAUGCUACUCCCAAAAUUCCAAUAUCUGUUACGCACUCUACCCAUAACACUAACAAAUACGCACCUGGCCACAAUACAAAGAUUAAUUACUCGAUUCGUAUGGGCCAACAAAAAAACAAGGGUGGCAUCCAGCAUACUGCAACAACCCACCACGAGGGGGGGACUGAGCCUACCAAGCAUAAGAGACUAUUACAAAGCAGCACAGCUAGCGACAGUCAAAGCAGCUACAGCAGAGGGGGAAACACCACAAUGGACCCAAAUAGAGGCAUACUGGAUAAAUAAACGAGACCUGAGGGACCUCUUUUGGCUCCCGAAAUCCAUGCGCUCACAACAUAUACACCCCCUACCAACCACUACCUUGACACUAAAACACUGGGACAAAGAAAGGGGAGGAGGGAAGGAACAAGGAGAAAUACGUCCGGACGCACCAAUCACAUGCCUCAAAGUGGGCAUCCCAUCCCUAGACACGAAACCAUGGGAAGAGCAGGGCUGCACCACGAUUAAACACUUAUACAAGGACAACAAACUGAUGCCCGGGGGGCGGAGCCAAGCAGGCAAGCAGUCCAGACGUGCCUCGCCAGAGCUCCCGCGUCUGGAGGGGAAAACCGGGGUACAGCGCCCGAACACUACACCCCACAGACUACUGCACACCAUACCUCGUGUCAGGAGGGGCUACCGACUAAAAC